GAGAGUGAGUCACCACACAGGUGUGAGCCGAGGACACUUACAAAAACUGACUAGUUUAUAUUAUUGACCACCAAAAGGUUUUACAGGACAUAUUAAGGAGUGUAGGAAGAAUCAUUAGGGUUGGCAGAAAGAAUAAAAAUUUUGAAAUGUUCUUGCCAUUCUUCAUACCAAUUCCAAUACCUCUUAAUAUGUGCAGUCAGAGAAGAUCAUGUGGAUACCAAGUCCAACCAGUGGUGAUGCUGGGAAGUCUCCCAAAUGACUUCCUUCGUGUGGCCCCAACUCAAGCUCAGUCACAGGAAGAGGCAGAUCGUGCAGCUGCUAUGCAUCUUCAGCAACAGAUGAUAGCUCAGUCACGGCAUUCUGCUGUAGGCCGUCUGCAGGUGUCAAUUGUGUCUGCAGUGCUAAACAAGAACUACGGUAUGACACGCAUGGAUCCCUAUGUUAGAAUGAGAAUAGGUCACCAAGUAUUGGAGACACAGACAGAUGUCAAUGGUGCAAAAAACCCACGCUGGAAUAAGACCUUUCAAGUGUACCAAUUGCCUAAAGGUGUGAACACAAUCCAUAUAGAAAUUUUUGAUGAGAGAACCUUAACAGAUGAUGAACUUAUUGCUUGGGUCCACCUACAAAUCCCAGAAGUUGUUUUCCAGGGUGAAACUAUUGAUGAAUGGUACAGUCUAAGUGGAAAACUAGGCGAGAAACAGGAGGGUAUGAUCAAUGUCGUGAUAUCGUAUACGACUGCACCUGCUACUGUAACACCAGUAAUGAUGAUGCCAGGGAUGUACCAAUACCCUGGUUAUACUUCAGUGCCUGUAUAUACCCUACCACCUGCUCAGCAACCAGCUUCAGCAGUACCACCAAGACAAAUUUCAGAGGAAGAACGGAAACAGCUUGAAGAGAUGUUCCCAUCUGUUGAUGCAGAGGUAGUGAAGUCUGUCCUAGAGGCUUCUCAAGGGAACAAAGAAGUUGCAAUUAACUCUCUCCUUCAGAUGCAGGAGUCCUAAACCUACCUAUUCUAUAGUCAUGAUGUUAUUUCCUAAGUACAGUAAGUCUAUAAAGGAAAAAGUGGGAAUAUGAGAAGUCACAUGUCUCUGUGAAAUCACAUUUAUCUCUACUACAUUCUUGUUUUAUUUCAAGAGAAUAUCACAUAAUAUUGAUGUUUAAUUGCUAGAACUGUAUGGUACUCGACUCAUAUUGUCUUCAAACAAGGGUGUAGAUCAUUAGUUUUAUGUUUGUUCUUAAAAUCUGAAUAUUGUAAGAGAUAAUUAUCCUUCAGUUUUAGAAUUCCAUCUCAUAUAUUGGAUUUUGACAAAUCUUUGCAUUUCAUUUGUUUAAAUGGUGGUAAUUCUACAUAUUGUAAGUAUAUAAACCCUGUUGAAAUAUGUUCAUUAUGGGAAUGUGUAUAUUGGAACUGUAUGAACUUGAUGCAACCGGGGAUUGCAUGUACUUUUGUGACAAGCUCACAGUGAGUUUAUUGUGUUGACUGUAUAUAUACAUAGAGAGUUUUUAUUUUAUUUUGCUCAUAGUAAUAUGGUAAAAACACUAAUAAUUACAAUGCCACUAAAAGAAUAACAGCAUUACUAUUAAUAUCAUUUGAAAAA